AUGCUGCAAGGGCUCGAACUAACUGACGCAGUCUCGCUAAAGUACCAGUUUGACGAAGAAGAUGUGGAUCAUGACCCGCUUCACCACUAUAGCUUUUGGGGAAAGGAUGGGGCUAGCCGCCUAGACCGCUUCUACCUGGUGGCAGAUAUCCAGAAUCUUAUUCGAGAUACAAGUCGACAAGACCGAAAGCAGACACAACGUUACUUCGAAAACCUGCGAGCAGCAUCGCGAAAACCGACGGCAUCGCGAGCAGAGCAUCAAAAAGACCUCGAUGCGACAGCACGUCUCCGUGCUGCUCGGUCUUUCGGUGAUAGCAUACAGCAAUCGCCGGAAACAGCGCGAAAACUGUUUAAGCGUAACUCAGAAUGGCAGCGAGACCAGCACAUAUCCAGAAUUGAUCCCUCUCCAGGUCACUUCUACCCGGAUGCCAUGCCGAGUGAAGAGCGAAUGGCUUCGGAGUGGAAUCACGUGUUUGGGGCAUCCCACGCUUCAGUUGACUCCAGUUCCCUCGAGGAAGAGUUCACCCGCUUUGUGCAGAUUCCGGUGGAAGAGCGGCUCCGGCGAGACGAAGUGGCAGCACUUUUGGCUCCCAUCACGGAAGCUGAAACGAUAGCCGCCAUACAGCAGCUACCAAGGCAUAAAGCAGGGGGGACUACUGGUCUAAACCACGACUUCUUCAAAGACUUUGCCGACGAGCUCUCACCGAGUAUGACGAGACUCUACAAUGCCAACUUCAAGGGGUCAGGGGUGCCC